AUUAAUAUAUUAUUAGUUAUGCAUUUGCUUUACUCCAGCAGGAAUUAAAAUAAAGUUGAAGAAGAAGAAGCAAGAAGGACUUCUUUUCUUUACUGUGUUCCUAAAGGACUCUUGCACCACUGAUCACAUAAACUAUUGCACUGAAAACACGAAUCUCAACCAGAGAAAUUGCAGUAAUUAACCAGUUUUCAAGAAGAGAUUUUGAGCAAUGAUACUAAACAGAUUCCAAAGAUUACGACUUCAUGUCUCUGAGAAAUGAGUUUUAGUGAAGGGUGUAUCGAUGAGUGUUGAAGUUACUGUGGUUGAAGUUUCUGUGGUUGUAGGUGGUGUGGUUAAGGGGGCUCUAACUUGCGAAAGAGCUGUAGCUAUGCAAAAAUGGCGUGGGUUCCCCCUUACAUCAGAUAAGUUAUACAGCCACAAUUUCAUCAUAACCCCUGAUGGAUUGUGAACAUUUGAGGAGCUAAGUAGCUGCGAACAGUUACAGAAACCAUCAGUUAACAGUUAUAAGUACUAGGCUAAUGUGAAUAACUGGAGUAACAAGUUACUUUGAAAAAAGUGAAGAGGCUACAAGGCAAAGAAAAGUGUUUCAACCUCAUACUGAGUAGCAUUGGAACUCAGAACUUCCCUAACUAUCUUGGUAAUUAGCAAUUGCUUCCAGAGAGGCUCCAAAGUUUUUAAGAAUCACAGAGUACUUGCCAGAGAGCACAACAAACUGGAAUGAGUCAAGACAGCAGCUGGAAGUGUCAUAUCCAGCUGUUGUGUCUGAAUGAAACAGCUGGAAGUCUGAUUUGCCGUUGGUGUGGGUGAAUACAACAGCUGGCAGUGUAGUAGACAGCUGGCAGUGUAGUGACCAGCUGUCAGACCAGUUUGAGGACACAGCAAGAUGGAUACGACAGCACACUACACCCUCCUCGCCCUCCUCCUCCUCACGCCCCAAGGUCUGUCAAAGGGGACGUUCAAGGGAGAUUACGACUACACUGAUAUCUACUACUACCAGGAGUCAGGCAUUGAGCCUCCUACCUUUCUGGCCCGACCUCAGACCUUCACUGUGGAGGUGGGCCAGUCCGUCAUCAUCCCCUGUGAUGUGGAGAACCCAGGCGGGCGCAACAGGCUAAUCAUCAAGAAAGUCCCAGCUAACGGUGGCAGCGAGAAACUGCUAUCAGUGGGCACCGAUAAGGUGACUCCAGACCCCAGAAUGGCUGUCGACGGCUCCAGACUCACCAUCUCCCACACGCGACCCAGAGACGCCGGCACUUUCAUCUGUCAGUUCGACCUGGAGCCGCCUCUUCAGCUGAGGCACAUCCUGGAUGUCCAGUACGCGCCCUCUGUCAGAUCCCUGGUGCCGCCAGAGCAGAGGGUCGCUAAGGGCCACAAUGUGUCCUUGGAAUGCAAGGCCCAUGGUAACCCUGAGCCUAUUAUCCGCUGGUCUCGUAAAGAAGGGGGAAAGAUGUGUAGAUUUUUGCAGUGA